CACAGACACACACACGCGCGCGCGCGCCUGGUAGAACGCGGGACGGGGCGUCUUCAGGGAACAUGAUCGUCCAGGGCAGAAGCGCUUUGCUGCAGAAAAUCGUCUGUAGCUGUAGCUGCCUCAGUCGGGGAUCAACAGGCGGGCUCGAGUGCCUCACCCGGCCAAGCAAAGCGCUUGCUGUGGUGCGCUUUCUGAGCUCCUGGGCGGGGGGUGUUCCUCAAACUCGCCCCCUCCAGUUAGCCAGCCAUUUCGCCUCCCAGGCAGCCGCGCCUGCUGCUGGUGACUAUGACACGGUUUUCAAGAAGUCGGUGGAGGAGCCGGAUCAACUUUGGGCCGAAGCGGCUCAAAGCAUCACGUGGCACAAGCCGUGGACUAAAACCAUGGAAAGGAAAGAUCCCUUUAGCACCUCUUGGUUUGUUGAGGGAGAGCUGAAUAUUUGUUAUAAUGCUAUAGAUCGCCAUAUUGAAAAUGGACAAGGGGAUCAAAUUGCUAUUAUCCAUGACAGUCCUGUAACAAAUAUGAAAGAGUUUAUAACGUAUAAGGAAGUUCUUGAACAGGUUUCCAAGCUAGCUGGUGUUAUGGUGAGUCAUGGUGUGAAGAAAGGAGACUGUGUUGUCAUCUACAUGCCAAUGAUACCACAGACAAUGUACACUAUGUUGGCAUGUGCAAGAAUAGGAGCUAUACAUAGUCUUAUUUUUGGUGGAUUUGCUUCCAAAGAGCUUUCUAGUCGCAUUGAUCAUGCCAAGCCAAAACUGAUUGUAACAUCCACAUUUGGAAUAGAACCUGGAAGAAAAGUGGAAUAUGUGCCACUUCUAGAAAAAGCAUUGGAGAUGAUCAAUCACCAACCAGAAAGAGUUCUAAUUUAUAGCCGACCUAAUAUGGGAGCUGUUCCUCUUAAACCAGGACGUGAUUUGGACUGGGAUGAAGAAUUGGCCAAAGCAAAGCCAUGUGACUGUAUUCCUGUUCUUUCAGACCAUCCACUUUAUAUUCUUUAUACAUCAGGAACUACUGGGACACCCAAGGGUGUUGUCAGACCAACAGGUGGCUAUGCAGUUAUGCUAAACUGGACCAUGUCAGCUAUAUAUGGUCUUAAGUCUAAAGAGGUCUGGUGGGCUGCAUCUGAUUUAGGCUGGGUGGUUGGUCAUUCUUACAUUUGCUAUGGACCUCUUCUGCAUGGGAAUACAACAGUUUUAUACGAGGGAAAACCUGUAGGAACUCCAGAUGCAGGUGCUUAUUUCCGUGUGCUGGCAGAAUAUGGAGUAGCUGCCCUUUUUACUGCACCAACUGCAAUUAGAGCAAUCCGUCAACAGGACCCUGAGGCUGUCCUGGGGAAACAGUACAAUCUGACAAGGUUCCGAACAUUAUUUGUAGCUGGUGAACGCUGUGAUGUGGAUACGUUAGAAUGGUGCAAAAGAAUUUUCAAGGUACCAGUUUUGGAUCAUUGGUGGCAAACUGAAACAGGUUCUCCGAUAACAGCUUCCUGCAUUGGCUUAGGAAACUCUUUAACACCUCCUCCAGGACAGACAGGAAAAUUGGUACCAGGAUACAAUGUUAAGAUUCUGGAUGACAACAAGCAACCUGCAAAAGUGAAGACUUUAGGAAACAUUGUGGUGAAGUUGCCUUUACCACCAGGAGCUUUUUUGGGUCUUUGGAAAAAUGAAGAGCUUUAUAAAGAAUUAUAUUUCCAAAAAUUUCCGGGUUAUUAUGAUACUAUGGAUGCAGGGUAUAUGGAUGAAGAAGGCUAUCUAUAUGUCAUGUCUCGCGUGGAUGAUGUGAUAAAUGUUGCAGGCCACAGAAUUUCAGCAGGUGCAAUUGAAGAGGCUGUCCUCUCCCAUAUGGCUGUGGCGGACUGUGCAGUUGUUGGCCAAGAGGAUUCAUUAAAGGGUCAUGUUCCUCUGGCAUUGUGUGUCCUGAGAAAUGGAGUUGAUAUUGAAGAGAAAAAGCUUUUAGAAGAAAUUGUUACACGAGUUAGAGAAGAUAUUGGUCCUGUGGCAGCAUUUCGGAAAGCAGUAUUUGUGAAACAGAUACCAAAAACUCGUUCUGGCAAGAUACCACGAUCAGCUCUUUCUUCCCUUGUGAAUGGGAAGCCAUACAAGAUAACUCCAACUAUUGAGGAUCCUGCUGCAUUUAAACAUGUAGAAGAAGUGCUAAAGACAUUAAAGUAACAUUUAACAACCACUAAAAUGCAAGGAAGACCUGUAAUACUGCAUUUUGUUAUGCCAGAAAUAUAAGUCCAAAAAUGUUGAUUUUAUUUCUGUAAAUGUGUUACUGAAUCUUAGAUCACAGUAACAACUAAUAAUUUUUUGGCAGGAUAAAUUUUAUAAUGACUUACUCAGAUGGUUUAAAAUCUUUCAUGGUAAUUAAAAUUGCAUGAGCAAAUAUUUGUAAUAUACAUAUCACACUUAAAUACAGUGCAAAAGAUGACAUACAUAAUAUAAAUCCUGUUAAAAUUAAGUUUGUUUCCUUCAGUGCCAGGAUGAGAAUUAAUCUUAGACCUUAAUGCUAGUUUUACUUGAAACAGCCGUGCUUGCACUGAGGCUUUUUAAGUAGCUCAACUUUGAUGACAAGAAAUUGUUGUAGUUUUAAGAAGACAUACAGAUUUAAACUUUGAGUAGUAAGGUAAAGAAAAUUAUUGCUAAGGCAGUUAAUGAUUGAGGCAUUAGCAAGAUCCUGUAAUUCAGGCAAUGGGUGCUGAAUUAACUGAGGCUGUUCCUCAGCCAUGUAAAGUUUUCAUUUGCAGUUAAAGACAGGAUACAGUGAAUGCAAAUGUUUCUGGGCUAUGGUAAAGCUCGGAAGAAACUCUUGAGGACUGCGUGGGUAGAGAUAACUACUUUAUUCUCCACAAAAGUCACAGCCACUGGCUAACCCCAUAAUCCUUAUUGACAAAUUGUAUUCCUAUCUCCUGCUGUCUUUUUCCCUGACUACACAUAACUUUCUCAUAAGGUUCUAUUUUCAUGGGCAGCUGGGUUAUCUGGCAGAGAAGCUAGGGAACAGAAAGAGCCAGGAAGAACUGGGCUGCUCCAGUAUGUUCUGCCUGAGUGCUGAAGCAACUCAGUUGAUUUAAAAAAAAAUUGAUUGUGCAAUCUGGCCUAUGAUUCUACUUGGUAGAAUCCUUUAAGAAAUAGAGCGGGGUUUGCAUGUCAGCCCUUCAAGUUAGUCCAGACCAGGAAACCAGAACCAAGAAUAUAAUACUUAAUACUACCUUUAUUAUAAGCUUUCAGUAACAGAAUCUUGCAAGUCUGAAAGUGCUUUCCCCCUCCCCUGCCUUAUGUUCCAGAGAACUAGAGAGGGUCAAUUUUUUGAUGCUUUUUCUAUCACCCAUUCCUGCUUUGGACUCAGAUUUCUCUUAUCAGACCACUGUCUAGGCUACGGCUCUUUCUCCUCUCUCUCAAGAUUAUUCUCAUAGCGCAUUACAGUGUCUUUGGCUGUGUAGUAUACCACAAGCGAUGAGUUUAGGAAGAAAAAAAUCUCAGAUUCAGAAUGGCCAGAUACUCAUAGUAAACAGUAAUUUGUAGCCACACAUAAUUUUCAGUUAGAAAGCAAACAAAAAAGGAUCAUAAAGCUCAGAAAUAUUGCCCCCUAGUGUUACAAAAUUGAGAUAUGGUCUCUAAAAUUGUGCUGCAUUUUAAAAAUAUCCAAAUUAUUUUAAAACAGUGGUGUACCUUUUUAUAAACAGACAUUUUUGACUUUAACCACUCAGCAGUCAUGGGGAAUAAUCUUUGUACCUGUUUGAUCAUCCUGCAUCCACAGUGUUGUUUGUUAUCUAUGGUGUAAUAAUUUAAUUAUCAGUAUAAUGAAUUUGGGUAAGGCUCCUUUCAUAUUAUGGGGCGGGGGGAGCGGCUGGGGGAGUCAGUUGAGUUCUGUUGCUAUAAUACCUGAAAGUAUUUCUUACACCUACCUGCACCCGUGUGCAUAGCUUGAAAUGUGAAAGGAGAGGAAAUGUCACCAAAGGGUUUUUUUUGGGGGGGGGAGGGUUGUCAGGUGCGUUAUUCCUUUAGGAGUAAUCUGGUGGGGUCUUUCAUAUAAUUAUGGUACUUGGAAGAGAUGAAGAUAGCUUUUUCUUUCAUUCUGACAUCUUUUUCUCUAUCCUUAUGUUUCUUAAAAAGCUGCUAGAAAACAGAUGGUGUUCAUCAAUUGUCUAAAUUAUUUGCUUGCAAAGAAUUGUGAAAUUGGGGAAGAACUGUGAUAUUAAGUUGAGGGUACAUGUUCAACCUGCUUGUAUGUAAGUCAGUAAAAAAUGCUUCAUUGAAAAUAAAUUUAGGGUAAAUCUUUUCUCUAUCAUCCUACCUUUCUCCCUCCUAUAAUAUAGCACAUACUGAGAACUCUUGCAGCCCAAUUCUAAUUCUCUUAUUGUGGAGUAAGUCCAGUUGCUUCCAGUGGAAUUUACUGUUUAAUUCUUAUUGUUGCUGCAGUUCAGAAAUACCUCCUGGAAAUUUGCUUGCAAUAGUUCCAAGUCAUUUCUAAAAUGUGUUACAUUUUACUAUUAUGCAUACUAUAUACAUUUUUUUCAGUAGCACAAAAAGAAACUAGGGAUUUCAUUUUUUUUAACCUCCCUUUGAACUGAUGUUGCUCAGAAGAGAAGAGCUAUUAUAGUUUGCAGUAGAUAAAAAAAAAAAAA